AUGGCUGCACCCGGGAAGACCCAUCCAAUGGAAGAAGACCAGCGAUAUCCCAUUGCCACACUGUUUCCCCCGAAGAGUGAUUCGCCCGCACGUUCAGUCUCGACCUUUUUAGAGUCGAGCAACGGAGGUUCAAUAUACAACGCACUUAGGGCAACCUCCGACGAUGACAGCGUGACAACGCCCGGGAACCACAGCGACAACCGCCCGCUUGAGCGCGUGGACACGAGAAUGGCCGCUAAUGUCGCUACCUUCCACUCUAUCUCGCGAGAACAAGGCCGCGCAUAUGGAGGCUCGGCCCCUGACCCUCCUAUAUGCGAUCCGGACGAGAUUAGCAGGCCCCCGCGUGCGCACUUGGUGGCCGAUAAAUUGCGAACGGCGGGUGAAGAACUGAAAGGAUGGUCAAUGCCAGACCACCUAUCGGAAUUUCAUGAAACCAGCGGAUCUAGUCCGGCGAAAGAUCCCAGCGUCGAUGUUGAUAAAUCAGCGGAUGCAGCUUCAUCAUCGCCAAAGUGGCCGGCGAAUAUUCAAUCGCCCGUAAGCCCUACCCUUCCGGAAUUCCCACCACCUACUCGAGCGCCCACGCCUCCUGGUCUUCCAACAUUUGGCACAGAGGAAGCCAGAACAUAUGACUUCCGUAUUGGGGCUGAUCAUCCAGUCCCUAGCCGUAGUGAGUCAUUGCUACGCCGACUUUUUCAGCGGACUCCUGCAACCAACGCACCUUCCACGGCUGAUCGACAGGGACGUACACGAGUGUACGCAGAAGAUGGCACCGCUGUUCUAGGAAGCUUCCCACAGCGGCAAAGUGGUCAUGGUACAAGUAUAUUGAAGGGGCCGAAUGAUCAUCCAUUUCACCAGGGCAAUUUACCUCUCGCUCAGUGCGAUGGGCCGACCACAGAGACAAACGACGCGGUGCCUGAAGGGGCAGAUCCUACCGGUACUUCCUCCUCGAGUGAUCGAAGUGCGAGAGAUGCAGAAGACGAAGCCACAUUGCGCUGGUUAGAGGAGAAUAUGCCAAGGUCGCUGGCUACUGAUUCCGCGGCACCACCCAAUGGUACGCUAAACCCGGCAUUGCUACACCAAGGGCCCCCUAAUGCGAGGAUUGAAUCAUAUCAGACUUGUGUAUCUCGAGUGCCAGAAACCACAUGGCGGCUCGUUGUACGGGUUUUCUCGAACCUUUCAGAGUCGUUAUACUUCGCACCGACACAGUCGCAUUCUGCUGCGCCCCUCAAUCCGCAAGAGGCGGACACAGUUCAGGGAAACGAUCGUGACAAUGAUACGCCAGAGUGGUGGAAAUUUGUUAAGAAACGAGCAAAGACUACAUGUUGCUGCUGCCAUGGGUCGGAUGAAUCAGAGCAUCUGAAUCCAUCAGAUGGCGUAAAUCCGAACACGACGAUGAACACCACUACACAAGACACAUAUGUAACUGCGCGUGACCAGACCUCUAACGAGUCUCAGCAGCAUCCGUCAACUGCUUCUCCCGAAGGGCCAGCCAAUUCAUGA